UGGGAAAAGCUUCAGCUUGCAGCACGUGUCAUUGUUGCUAUUGAGAACCCUAAGGACAUUAUUGUACAAUCUGCUAGAACAUAUGGUCAGAGGGCUGUCUUCAAGUUUGCUCAGUACACUGGAGCCCAAGCUAUUGCUGGACGUCACACUCCUGGAACUUUCACCAACCAGAUGCAAACCUCAUUCAGUGAACCCCGCCUUCUCAUCCUCACUGAUCCGAGAACUGAUCACCAGCCCAUCAAGGAAGCAGCCCUUGGGAACAUUCCCACUAUUGCUUUUUGUGACACUGAUUCACCCAUGCGCUAUGUUGAUAUUGGAAUCCCUGCGAACAAUAAGGGAAAACACAGCAUUGGUGUUCUGUUCUGGCUCUUGGCAAGGAUGGUGCAGCAGAUGCGUGGUGCUAUUGCUCCAGGCCACAAGUGGGAUAUCAUGGUGGAUCUCUUCUUCUACAGGGAGCCAGAGGAGUCUAAGGAACAAGAGGAGGAAGAAGUUGCUGCUAUCCAAGAUUAUCCAGAAUACAGUAAUACUGCAAUUGGUGUUGACUGGAGUUCUAGCCAGAUCACAGAGGGCCAAUGGAAUCCAGACACAGUUGCUGCUCCUGCUGGUGAUGGUUGGGCUGCGGAUGCUGCUCCUGCUCAAAUCGAUGGAGGAUGGGAUGCUGCUGCCCCACCGCCGGCGCCUGUACAAAGUGUGGUCGCGGAUAUUGCACCAUCUGGGUGGGACUAAAAAUCUACCACUGUUUCUUCAUAAAGAAUGCUAGAUUAUCUUCCGCUCGUUUCAUGAAUUUAUAUGAUCUAUUAUUUACGAUGUUGUAGUUUUUAUUCAUGCAAAGAAUUUUGACUGGAUUUUGAGUGUUCUUAACUUCCUAUAGCUGGAC